UCGGCUGAUCAGAUCAGACCAAACGGUCCGACUCAUGUUCCUGUGCUACCGCUGCAACUCCAUGAAAUAUAAAAAGGCAAGAACUUGGUCGUACACCUGGAUUCCAAGUACGUUCACUAUACAGGUGGAUCGAUUCUAGCCGAUCUCGAUCCUUACGAUUCUUGAAUUUUGAUUAAUUAUUGCCAAGAAGCUGGUGGCAAUGGGCACACGCACUUGGCAAUGGCAAGUGGAUCCAAAUUUUCCCCAAAACUCCUAUAGCAGCAGGAGUUCUUCUAGGGUUUGAUUCGUGAAAGAAGCUGUUCAAUCGACACGGUGUAUGAAGAAGAAGAACAAGAAGGGGACGAUUAACCAUGUCGUCAUCUCCUUCGCCAAAUGGUGCUUCCUUCUCUUCACCGCCCUCUUCGUCUCCGAAUGAUGAAUCUUUCUUUACACCUUCAACUGGGACCAACCCCACCACCCCUACCACCGCCACCACCACCAUAAACACCCCCGUUGAUGAAGACCCAUCUCCAUUUUCAUCCCCAGAAGCUCAAAUCUCAUGGCCGCCAGAUGGGAACCUGACUCUCAACUGGGUCUUGGAUUUGAUGUCCAAAUUCGAUUGGGCGUCAAGGAAUCUGCCUCCUGCAGAAUUCCCAACUGUCCUUCCCGUCCAGGUGUUCGACCGCCUCGUCCUCACUGCCUCCAAGAUUCUGCACAAAGAGCCUAACCUUGUGAGGGUCGAUCUUGAUGUUGACGAUGAGCGUGGCAAGGACUGUAGGGUGGUUGUUGUUGGGGAUGUUCACGGGCAGCUUCACGAUGUUCUGUUCCUGUUGAGGAGUGCUGGUUUUCCUUGUGAAAAUCGGUUCUUUGUGUUUAAUGGCGAUUACGUGGAUAGAGGGGCUUGGGGUUUGGAGACUUUCAUGCUCUUGUUGGCUUGGAAGGUUUUUAUGCCGAAGAGAGUUUUUCUUCUCCGAGGGAACCAUGAAUCAAAAUACUGUACUUCUGUAUAUGGUUUUGAGCAAGAAGUUGUGACAAAAUAUGGUGAUAGAGGAAAGCAUGUCUAUAGGAAAUGUCUGGGAUGUUUUGAGGGGCUCCCUUUAGCGUCAAUCAUUGCUGGACGUGUAUAUACAGCUCAUGGAGGGCUUUUCCGAAGUAUACCAGUCACACCAUCAAAGAGAUCGAAGGGAAAAAAGAAUCGCCGUAUAAACUCAAAUCCUGAAGUUAGUACUUUAUCUCUUGGUUCCUUAGAAGAAUUAUCUAAAGCUAGGAGAUCAGUUCUUGACCCUCCAUGGGAAGGGUUGAAUCUGAUUCCAGGUGAUGUGUUGUGGUCAGAUCCAUCAAUGUCUCCUGGUCUUUCCCCAAACACAGAGAGGGGCAUCGGAUUAUUGUGGGGUCCGGACUGCACAGAGGAGUUUUUGAAGCGAUAUCAACUAAAGGUGGUAUCUCUGAUGUUUCAAGUAAUAAAUAUCGUAUGCUUUCUAUCUAGAAAUAUGAGCGUUGCUUGGCCAAAUCUUUCAAGAAUGGACGAGGGUUAUACUGUAGAUCAUAUUGUGGAGUCAGGGAGGCUAAUUACGCUAUUUAGUGCUCCAGAUUAUCCUCAGUUUCAGGCAACAGCGGAGAGAUACAAGAACAAGGGGGCGUACAUUAUCUUGGAACCUCCUAAUUUUGAUAACCCUACGUUCAACAGUUUCGAAGCAGUUACACCUAGGCCAAAGGCAAACCCAUAUUAUGAUUUUCAGGAUGUGAUAGAUUCUGACGAGGAAUUGGAUCUGACAGCAAUGGUUUCUGAACCUUGAGGUAUCCGGUAACCAAUUUUGCGAGUCUGAACUUCAUCGAGCCGACGUAUUGUUCCUUGCAAAUUUUUUCCUGUGGAAGCUAUUAAAAACACUCGUGCAUUUUGUGGGUCCAGCAGCUUCACAAGUGUAGAGUAGUUGGUUCGGUAUCAUAGAGAAUUGUCAUAGUGAUUCUUUAUUGCCUUGGUAAUACGUAUUUUGAGGCUAGUUAUUUCCAACAAGUAUCUUUGUGGCAGCUAUAUUACGUAUAACGGCUUUUGAAGACACAAUAGUCACUCCCUUACCUUUGUGUUUCCCGCUCCUUUGUCUGUGAGGGGCAAUAAAAUUGGAAUACUUGCUGCUCA